UCUUGACGCGGCUCAGAAUCGGGAUUUCUGGGGGAGCAUUAAUUUUAAAAACCGAUCGGAGCUACCCAGACCGGACUCAAACGGCUUUUUUCUUGCAGAAAACCGAAGUAUUAGUUCUUCCGAUGAGAAUUAAUGCAAACAUGUGAGGGUUACACGGGUUUUUAUCGUGUCGAAAGCUCACUGUAUAUUUGAUUUCCCUUUUAGCGAGCGCCGCUUCUCGCCGUAUCUCCGUCCCGAGACGCUGUAUUUACCGGGAGACAGCGACGAGAAAAAUAAUCCGCCUCAUAGAAAAUAUUUUUUGAAUUUUACUCUUUUUAUUUAAGCCCAAAAAAGAUUUUAUGGAUGCUCGUUUCAACUGCGAAAAAAAUGAUUCUGUACAGACGUGAAACCGGCGAUCUGCGGAGAAAGGGAUUUGCUUACGCUUUGUGUAAUAUUUUAUGAUUGAUUUUUAUUUAUUUUUCUCGAAGUGAAAUAAUUUUUGGACGUAAUUAUUGAGGAUAAUUAUGUGGGUGUUGGGUGUUGGAUUAUCAUGGGGUGAUCUUCGGCGGCGAUGCGUGGCGCUGUUGCCUUUCUUUUGAAGCCUUUUUCUCCAGGCAGCAUUUCACCAAGCUGCCAGUCAAGAAAAAAAAACCCUAACACUUAAAUUGAUCCUUUACGCGUAACGUUAAGGAAAGUUAUCAGUUAUUACGAACCAGGGGCCCACAAGUUGGACUGAUCCUACUGUUUUUUUCCUGCAUCAACAUCCACUCAUAAUAUUUGCCGAGCAGGAUGGCUGACAAUCUGCUGGACGUCGGACCCCCUACUGCAAAGCGACCCAAGCUUAAUUCACCUCUCUCGGGAUCAGAUGGCCCAGAUCUUGUGUCUCUGUUUGACCUAGAAAACGACCUUCCAGAUGAGCUCAUCCCAAAUGGAGAUUUGUCCCAGAUGGGAAUGUCCUCUAACGGUGGACCAGGUGGAGGAGGGGGUCCUGGUCUCAACUCCAUCGUCCCUGAUGCAGCUGCCAAACACAAGCAGCUGUCUGAGCUUCUGCGACCAGGAAGCUCCUCCAUCUUGGGGAGCGGUCAGCCGCAGGGAGGCAUGGUGGGAAGCCAGUUAGGUGCCGUGCUUGGUAAAAGCCCUCUGGGGCAGGGCUCCCCCAAUCACCAGUCUCCCCAGGCCCAGAAAGGAGGCAUGGCUACCGGACAAGGCAAUGGAGGCACAGGCAUGGGCUUCAAUCAGGCCAUGUUGAACAGUGGGCAGGGUCAUGGGGUCAUGGGCCAGACAGGACAGGUGAUGAACGGGACUCUGGGACCAGCAGGCCGGGGGAGACCUGGGCCUGGCAUGCAGUACCAGGGCCAAGGCAUGCAGGGGGCACAGGUGGGAGCUGGACCGGCGGUUGGUGGUGGCAGUGUGCUGGCAGAGACGCUCACUCAAGGAGGGCCACAGCUGGGUGCACACAACACGAUGAACGCUCAGCAACCUGGAAACAUGAAUAAGAUGGGGAUGUCAGGAGCUCCAUUUGGCCAGCAGUAUGGCCAGGCUGGGGUGCAGCAGAUGGGGGCAGCGGGGGUCAACGCCCAACAACUCCAGAACAAGACAGCUCUUCCCAACAACCUGCCCCAAUUCCCUGCAGAGCUGAAGGGAGCUGGGAAUGUGCCAAACAUGUCCCAGAUGCAGCAGCAGGUAGCGUCGGUGGGCAUGGUCUCCGGCGCUGGCGGAGUGUCAGCAGGCCCGACGGCAGAUCCUGAGAAACGCAAACUUAUUCAGCAGCAGCUGGUCCUGUUGCUCCAUGCACAUAAGUGCCAGCGGCGGGAGCAGGCCAAUGGAGAGGUGAGGGGCUGCACUCUGCCCCACUGCCGCACCAUGAAGAACGUCCUCAACCACAUGACCCACUGCCAGGCUGGCAAGUCCUGCCAGGUGGCUCACUGUGCAUCAUCCAGACAGAUCAUCUCCCACUGGAAGAACUGUACGCGGCACGACUGUCCAGUCUGCCUGCCUUUGAAGAAUGCAAGUGACAAGAGAAACCAGCAGCCUAUGCUAAGUUCCCCGGGGGCUGGUCUGCAGAACGCCAUCAACACAGUGGGGCCUGGCCAGCCCAGUGCCACAGCCAUCAACAGUGCUGCCACACACAUCGACCCCAGCUCCAUGCAGAGGGCCUAUGCUGCCCUGGGCCUACCCUAUGGGAACCAGUCCCCUGCUCAGGUCCAGGGGCAGAGCCAGGGCCAGGGUCCUAAUCAGCAAAACCCCCAGGGGCACCAGCAGCUGCGAAAUAUGAACCCACUCGGCACUAAUCAGAUGAACCAGAUGCCAGGGGGUAUGGGUUCUUCAGACCAGGCUGGCAUGCACUCCGACUCCUCUCUACCCUCCACACUCAACAAUCAGUUGUUGCCAGAUGGGUCAGUAGCAGGAGGCAUGGGAAACCUGCCCACUGCCACCCCUCUCUCUGCUUCGGGGGUACGGAAGGCCUGGCACGAACACGUCACUCAGGACCUGCGCACCCACCUGGUGCACAAACUCGUACAAGCCAUAUUCCCCACCCCAGACCCUGCAGCACUGAAGGACCGGCGAAUGGAGAACCUGGUGGCAUAUGCACGCAAGGUUGAGGGUGACAUGUAUGAGUCAGCUAACAGCAGGGACGAGUAUUACCACUUCCUGGCAGAGAAGAUCUACAAGAUUCAGAAGGAACUGGAGGAGAAGAGGCGCUUACGGCUCCAGAAACAGCCCAUGGUGGUCCCAACUGGGCCUCAGCAGCCUGGUAUGGCUCAGCCCAACGCUAUGGGCCCAGGACAGGCCGUCCGACCUCCCAAUGGCCCUGUGACUAUGCCUAACAUGCCAAAUCAGAUAAUGAACCGUAUGCAGGUACCCCAAGGAAUCAAUCAGUUUAACCCAAUGGCAAUGCAGAAUGCGCAGAUGUCUCAGGCACCCAUGGGAUCGCGUGCUCCCUCUCCCAUGAACCAUCCACAGCAGAUGAACAUGAGCUCCGUCCCAACGAUGGUCAUGUCCCCUUCAAGGAUGCCUCAGACUCAAGCAAUGAUGGGUAGUCACGCAAAUAACAUGGUAUCUCAGCCAACCAACCAAGGCCAGUUCCUGCCACAGGGCCAGUUCCCUGCAGCCGCAGGUGGAACAAUGAAUGUGAAUGUAGGCAUGGGCCAGCCCAUAACACAGUCUGCUGUCACCCAGCAGCCACAGAAAUCUAACCUCCCUCUGAAUGCUCUGGGCUCCAUUGGCUCACAGUUGCCCUGUGGCCCUGCAGCCCAGCCCACUAUGGUUGCCACCCCUCCACCCAAUGCCUCUGCCAGCCUGCAGCCUCAGCAGCAGCAGCAACUGCAGCAGCAUCAUGCUCCCGCGCAGGCCCAGGUGCAGCCGCGGCCCUCCACCCCCAACUCCACGGGCGGGCCUUCCUCCACCCCAACCCACAUACCCAGUAGCCUCCCUGGUCCCCCUUCAGCCAUGAGCACCCCACCUGACCCUUCCCAGCCACUCACGCCCUUGCAACCUCAGCCUGAACCCCCCAGCCAGAUGCAGCAGCCUACAUCAGUGCAGGCACAACACCCGAGCACACCGUUGUCCCAGGCCGCAGCCAGUAUAGAUAACAGGGUGCCCACACCAGGCUCUGUGGCUGAGCUGAACUCUCAGCAGGCCCUGCCUGACAUGAACAGCGCUGAAGUCAAACCUGAAGUAAAAGAAGAUGACGAUGACAGCAACUCUGGGAAGAAGCAGAUGAACAUAAAAAUUGAGCCGGAUGAUGAAACCAAACCCCCAUUGGUGAAGAAGGAGGAGCCAGACGCAGCAGAGCCAAAGCAGGAACCAAUGGAAACUGAGGAGAAGAAGCCGGAGAUGAAGGCAGAAUCCAAAGAAGAGGAGGAAAGUGGAGCCAACGGCACAUCAACCACUUCCACCACUCAGAAUCGCAAAAAAAUUUUCAAGCCAGAAGAACUGAGACAAGCCCUAAUGCCAACACUCGAAGCCCUCUACAGGCAAGACCCAGAGUCACUGCCCUUCAGACAACCUGUAGACCCCAUGCUACUGGGCAUCCCUGACUACUUUGACAUAGUGAAGAAUCCCAUUGACUUAUCAACCAUCAAGCGCAAGCUGGACACGGGUCAGUACCAGGAGCCGUGGCAGUAUGUGGACGAUAUCUGGCUCAUGUUCAACAAUGCCUGGCUAUACAACCGCAAGACAUCUCGUGUUUACAAGUACUGCACCAAACUGGCAGAAGUGUUUGAGGCAGAGAUUGAUCCCGUCAUGCAGGGCCUGGGCUACUGCUGCGGCAGGAAGUUUGAAUUUUCACCACAGACACUGUGUUGCUAUGGCAAACAGUUGUGUACCAUCUCCCGUGAUGGCACCUACUACAGCUACCAGAACAGGUAUCACUUCUGUGAGAAGUGCUUCAAUGAGAUCCAGGGCAACAGUGUGACCCUGGGGGACGACCCGGCACAGCCGCAGACCAUGAUAUCAAAAGAACAGUUUGAAAAGAAGAAAAAUGACAUGUUGGACCCUGAACCUUUUAUUGAAUGUAAGGACUGUGGGCGGAAGAUGCAUCAGAUCUGUGUGCUGCACUACGAUGUCAUUUGGCCAUCAGGCUUUAUCUGUGAUAACUGUCUCAAGAAGUCUGGCAAAACAAGAAAGGAGAACAAGUUUUCAGCCAAAAGGUUGCAGUCUACACGGUUGGGGACUUACAUUGAGGACAGAGUGAAUAAGUACUUGAAAAGGCAGAACCACCCAGAGGCUGGUGAGGUGUUUGUACGAGUGGUGGCCAGUUCUGACAAAACUGUGGAGAUUAAGCCUGGCAUGAAGUCUAGAUUUGUGGACCCAGGCGAGAUGCAGGAGAGCUUCCCUUACAGAACCAAAGCACUUUUUGCAUUUGAGGAAAUAGACGGAGUGGAUGUUUGUUUCUUCGGCAUGCAUGUCCAGGAGUACGGCUCAGAGUGCGCCUUUCCAAAUACCAGACGGGUUUACAUAUCAUACCUCGACAGUAUUCACUUCUUCAAACCACGUGGGCUAAGGACUGCAGUGUACCAUGAGAUCUUAAUAGGCUACCUGGAGUAUGUGAGGAAACUGGGGUAUGUUAUGGGUCACAUCUGGGCCUGCCCACCCAGUGAAGGAGAUGACUACAUUUUCCACUGCCACCCUCCUGACCAGAAGAUCCCCAAACCCAAGAGGCUCCAAGAGUGGUACAGGAAGAUGCUGGACAAGGCUUUCGCUGAGAGGAUCAUACACGACUACAAGGACAUUUUUAAGCAAGCAACAGAAGACAGGCUGACCAGUGCGAACGAGCUGCCAUACUUUGAGGGUGACUUUUGGCCAAAUGUACUGGAGGAGAGCAUCAAAGAGUUGGAGCAGGAGGAGGAGGAGAGGAAGAAGGAGGAGAACACGGCCUCCUCUGAGACGACAGAGGGAGCCCAGGCUGACAGCAAGAAUGCCAAAAAGAAGAACAACAAGAAAACCAACAAAAACAAGAGCAGCGUCAGCCGAGCCAACAAGAAAAAGCCUGGGAUGCCGAAUGUAGCCAACGAUCUGUCCCAGAAGCUCUACGCCACGAUGGAGAAGCAUAAGGAGGUAUUUUUUGUUAUCCACCUUCAUUCCGGGCCAGUCGUAAACACCCUGCCACCCAUCAUGGACCCCGACCCUAUGUUGACAUGUGACCUGAUGGAUGGCCGUGAUGCCUUUCUGACUUUGGCCAGGGACAAGCACUGGGAGUUCAGCUCGCUGAGAAGAUGUAAAUGGAGCACAAUGUGCAUGUUGGUAGAGCUGCACAACCAAGGCCAGGACCGAUUUGUGUACACUUGCAAUGAGUGCAAACACCAUGUGGAGACUCGCUGGCACUGCACUGUGUGUGAGGACUACGACCUCUGCAUUAACUGCUACAACAUUAAGGGCCAUGAGCACCAGAUGGUGAAGUGGGGCUUGGGUAUAGACGAUGACAGCAAUGGCCAGAGUGGAGAAGCCUCCAAGAGCCCUCAGGAGAGCCGACGUCUCAGCAUCCAGCGCUGCAUCCAGUCCCUGGUCCAUGCCUGCCAAUGCCGCAAUGCCAACUGCUCUCUGCCGUCAUGCCAGAAGAUGAAGAGGGUGGUCCAACACACCAAGGGCUGCAAACGCAAGACAAAUGGUGGCUGCCCUGUGUGCAAGCAACUAAUCGCUUUAUGUUGUUAUCAUGCUAAGCACUGUCAGGAGAACAAGUGUCCUGUUCCCUUCUGUCUCAACAUCAAGCACAAACUCCGUCAGCAGCAGCUGCAGCACAGGCUCCAGCAGGCUCAAAUGAUGCGCCGCAGAAUGGCCACCAUGGCUGGAAGGGGUAUGCCCAUGCCAUCUCCACCUACCUCAGCUGCCCCUGACACCCCCAACUCUGUGCAGCAGCCUAAUACACCACAAACCCCGCAGCCCAUGCCCAACCAGCCCCAGCAGCAGCAGCAGCAGCAGCAACAGCAACAGCAACAGCAGCAGCCACCCAACCCAGCAAAUAUUGCCCAAGGUUUCCCCAACAAUGGCCGCAGCAGCCAGCCUCCGACACCAUCCUCACAAGGCAAACCAGGGCCUCAGUCAUCCCCUCUCCAUCAGCAGCAGUCACCUCUGCCUAACAUGCAACACCCACAGCAGCAGCCUCAGCCACCACCACAGCAGCAGACUCAGCCGCCACCGCUAAACGCCCUGAAAGUGGCCAGAGAGAUUGAGAUGGUCGUCAAGGCAAAGCAGCAACAACAGCAGCAGCAGCAGCAGAAUUAUGCCAUGAACGGGAUGCCCAUGGGCCACCAACGAAUGAUGGGGUCCGUGCCAGGCCAGAUGCGGAUAAUGCAGGGGCCACGGGGACCCCAGGUGAUGCAGGCUAUGCAGCAGGGCCAGUGGGGUCCAGGGAUGCAGAAUCCCAUGCAGAAUCCCCAGAGUCAUCAACCCCAAGUCCCUCCUCAACAAAACCCCAUGGCUCCUCAGCAGGUUCAGGGAACCCCCAUGUCCCAGCAGGCCCAGCUCAUGCAGAGACCCAUGAUGCCCCAGCAACAGGGUCUCUCAAUGCCUGGGGUCAUGCCCCCCCAGGGGCCCUCACAGCCGGGCAUGACACCACAGCAGCAAAACAUGCCUCGGGGGAUUCCUGGUAAUAUUGCUCCGAGUGCCCUGCAGGAGUUACUGCGCACCCUCAAAUCUCCCAGCUCCCCACAGCAGCAGCAGCAGGUCCUCAACAUCCUUAAGUCUAACCCCCACCUCAUGGCCGCCUUCAUUAAACAGAGGACAGCCAAAUACCAGGCCAACCAGCCACAGCAACAGCAGCAGGGCCAGCAGCAGCAGAACCCUCAGGCUAUGCUGAGUUCCCAGGCAGGAAUGCAGGCCAUGGCAGCGAUGGCAAAUCAGGUGCAGAGGCCAGGGAUGCCACCUCAGCAGCAGCCUCCACAGCAGGCAGGGCCCCAGGGCAUGGCACCCAUGGGCCCCCAAGGUCAGAUGAUGAAUGCUGCUCAAAACGGCAAUCCCCAGCUGUACCGCAGACAACAACAGCUGCUCAGGAUGCAGCAGAUGCAGCAGCAGCAGCAGGCACAGCAACAACAAGGAGGCAUGCCUCAGGGCCACGGUCAGUUCCCCCAGCAGCAGCCGGGGCCAGCUAGCUACUCCCAGCUCCGUAUGCAGCAGCAAAUGGCUAUGCAAGGAGGUGGGGGGCCCAUGGGCCAGCUCCCUCCAAAUCCACAAAUGGGCCAACCUGGAAUGGGCAUGGAUGGGGCCCAGAACCUUCUCCAACAGCGCAUGCUUCAGCAACAGCAGCAGCAGAUGUUGAAGCAGCAGAUGGGCUCUCCAGCACAGGCUAACUCGAUGAGUCCACAACCCCACAUGCUUCAAGGCCAAGUGCAGGGAGGAGCUCACCUACCUGGCCAAACAAUGGCAAACACCCUGGGAAACCAAGUACGCUCCCCAGCCCCAGUGCAAUCGCCCCGUCCGCCCUCGCAGCAGCCCCCGCAUUCCAGUCCCUCCCCGCGGAUACAGCCGCAACCCUCACCCCAGCACGGCGCCCUCCACUCCAGCUCCCCCCACCCCAGCCUUGGAGGACCGAUGUCAGGCCCCAUGGACCAGGGACACAUGGGAACACCGGAGCAGAGUGCCAUGCUCCCGCAGCUUAACACACCAACCCGAGGGGGGUUAAGUAAUGACAUGGGUAUGGUCGGUGACACCACGGGAGACACGCUGGAGAAAUUUGUUGAAGGAUUGUAGCAUUUCGUGACAGAAGAAAAAGGCCUUGUUCUGUUUUCAGCUGAGACAUUUUUGUACUUGCUGAUGUAAAAAAAAAAAAAAAAGCUAAAAGAAAUGCAAACAAAUGAGUCAUAUGAGGCCUACGGACUGUGAACUUUCCUUAAACCAACGGACUGCUUUUUCUUCCAACACAGAGUGAUUUAAUAAUUGCUGUUGAAAAGAAGACAACAAAGACACAAAGAAUAUAUUUUUGGUUCAGACCAGCCUUGCAAGAUUUUGCUCUGGUCUUUGUGUUGUUUAAAUUUGUUUUUCAUUUGUUAUGCUCUGGUAUUGACUUUUUUAACAAAACUUCUCAAAACAAAAAAUAUUUCAUUUUAUUAUUCUUUUUAUUUUUAUUUUGUACCUUUGCAAAUUAAUAUCGUAUUUGUGUUCAGCAGACUGUAAAAUUAUUUGUCUGGGAGUUUUUUGCCAGGUUUCACCUCUCGCUCAGUUUCUCUGUUCCUGGCUAAUUUAUUCUAAAAUGCCAUUUUUCAAAAGGACUGCCUUUGGGAAAGCCUUAAAUUUCUUUCCUGUUUGCAGAAUCUAUGGGAGAUUAACAUAUUUGUAUAGAUCUAGGAACUUCUGCACACACCCAAACACAACAUGAAGGUUUAAGAGAAAACCUGCAUCGAAGCUUGUUAAUGUUCACAGGUGCCGGAAUGUUCUUUUUACUGGCCUGGACCCAGUAUUUGUCUUGCAGAUGUUUAAAUAAUUGCUUUGUCUCUCCUUCAGUCUAAAGAAAUUCUCAUCAAGUCCUAAACCUCUUUUGCCUGUGGUGGGAAAUGAACUGGUUUGACUGCUGAUUUGUGUUCAGAGAGUUUUGUGCAUCAUUUUCUCUCUUGCAUUAAACUUGAACUGAUGAUGAACUAUUCUCUAAUGUAAAUCAUGCAGCUAGACAGUACUGUAAAUAUGCAGAAAAUAAGAAUGAAAUCACUGUACAAACUGGUUCAAAUGGCUCAUUUCGUACUUAUAUACCAUAUUGUUAAAUAAACCUGUGUGCCACAGACU